AUGGAUAAUAUGUAUAGUGCAUGGAAUCCUCAAUUAUUAAUUUCUAUAAAAACUCCUCAAUCUGUUAAUGCUGUUAAUUCUUGUACUCUUACUAUUCAUUGGCAAUUUGAUGUUACAUUGAGAGGUCUUAGGAAAGUACUUGUUUCUGAAGACAAUUCUUUUAAACCUUAUAUUGGUUUUAUUGGUUAUGCUCGUAAUAACAAUGGACUUGUUGUACCUAAUAAUGUUCCUAAUGCACAACCUCCGUACAUUUUAGUUGGAGCAAUUGAUAACAGUUCUGCUCCAUCAAUUAAUCCUGAAACUGUUUAUGAUGCUGCUAAUAAUGCAUAUUCCAAUGGUGGUUUAGUAUUACCAAAUGAUGGUUUACCAGAACAUAAUGUUAAUCUUUAA